CCAAAGUCUGAAGAAGGAUUGUGCAAAACAACGGCGAUUACAGCAACUACAAUUAAAUCAUAGGCAUUCAAUCGCUUGGGGCUGUAACCAGUAAGCCAAAUGGAACUAAAGAGAUAAGUUCUCAUUCGCUUCGUAGCCUGGCGGUCUGGGAACCUCGACCCCUCCACCACGACCACAAAGUCUACCUUCACAGCUCCAAACCUCCCCCUCCACCCCCCCAACAACCCCUCCAACCAUCACCAUGGCAUCCGUCGACCAAUUCGACAGCGCGCUCGACCUCCUCCGCCGCCUCGACCCCAAACACACCUCCACGCACCUGAACUCCCUCAUCGACCUCGUCCCCGACCUCACCGAGGACCUCCUCUCCUCCGUCGACCAGCCGCUCAGCACACGCUGGUGCAGCAAGACCAAGCGCGACUACCUGGUCUGCGACUACAACCGCGAUGGCGACAGCUACCGGUCGCCGUGGUCGGGGGAGUUUGAGCCGGCGCUCGAGCAGAGCAGCGAGGGCGGCGUGGAUGAGGGGGCUGGUGCGGGCGCGGUGCCCAGUGAUAGGGUGAGGAAGAUGGAGAUUAGGGCGAAUGAGGCGUUUGAUGUGUAUCGUGAGCUGUAUUAUGAGGGGGGGCUGAGCUCGGUGUACUUCUGGAAUUUGGAUGAUGGGUUUGCGGGGGUUGUGCUGCUGAAGAAAGGCUCGCCCCAGAACAGCGGCUCCGAAGGAUCAUGGGACUCAAUCCACGUCUUCGAAGCCAUCGACCGCGCGCGCACCGCCCACUACAAGCUUACCUCGACUGUGAUCCUGCACCUCUCGACCGGGACCGACGCGCUGGGUGACAUGGACCUCUCAGGCAACAUGACGCGACAGAUCGAGGCGGACCUAACAGUCGACGACGACGGGAGCCACAUCUCCAACAUCGGCAAGCUGGUCGAGGACAUGGAGCUCAAGAUGCGCAACCUGCUGCAGGAGGUGUACUUUGGCAAGGCCAAGGAUGUGGUCGGUGACCUGCGCAGCGUGCAGAGCUUGGCUGAGGCGAACAAGGAGAAGAAUGCGCAUAGGGAGAUGAUUGAUUCUAUGAAGAGGUAGAGGGGAAAGGGGAGCGUGCCGUGAUCUGUAUUUAUUGCGAGCUAUUAUGGGGCGUUUAUAAACCGAAUUCUGUGGUCUCUACGAUUUGUUGCCAGAUGGCGUCAUUGAAGCAUGUCACCGCCGAUUAUAUCUCAAAAAAGAUGUCCACUACGUGUCCUCGGGAGGUACUUGGGUAUUCUCGAUGGUUUUUAGUUAUAACCUCUAACCCACGCGGUUUCUAGGGUAACCCGCUAGCAAUGAAUCGCGCAACCCAUAUGUGCAGUCUGCCUGUCCGUCUGUCCACCCUACUCCAUCAACCCCAGCGUCCAGCGCCCAUCUAGGCCUUUGGGCCAGCAAAGUCGUAGAAGAUCCUGACCUUCAACACCUCGCUCCCCUUGGUGAUGACCACCUUCCUGGUGUAGUACCUGACGCCGUUGAGCUCAGUGAAACCCCAGACCUGGAUAGCAGUCCAGCCAUUCGUCUUGCUGACAGCGGUAGUCAGGAUGUGCGGCUCGCCGUUGGGGCCAACCCUCUCAUCGAGCCAUCCC